AGUCAUCUUGUGAAAGGCUGCUUGCUUCCAGCUUGGCUUGAAAGUGCAACCUUAAUAAAACUCACUGAAGUCUGAGAGAAAAUAGCAGUUCUGCAGCAGAUAGUGUAGGGGAAAGAGACCAGGAUAUGCAUAUGCAGCUGACUAAAGCAGGCUACAUGCUGGACUGUAACAGAGAGGAAACAAUAAAUCUUAACUACUAUGCAAUAAAUAUUCCCAAUUUUAACUAAGGAAGCUAUCCUCACAGUGAAAUUAAAAAAAUAACAAUUUAUCAAAGCUUAUUUACUAAAGUGCGCUUCUCCAAUCCUUUUUCCAAAGACUUUAUAAGGGAAAUUAAGAACAAAUUUAAAGAAAGAGGAAGAAAAAGAUUUUCUUAAAUUAGGGAAGGAAAGUAAUAAUAACAUGUCAGUUUUCCUUUCCUUUGCUUUCCUGGCAGCAAUUCUUGCUCAUAUAGGCUGUAAUAACCAGCGUCGGGGUCCGGAAGCCAGUGGGAGAAGAUUUAACCGGAUUCAGCAUGGGCAGUGCACCUAUACUUUCAUUCUGCCAGAACAGGACGGGAACUGUCGUGAAAGCACGACAGACCAGUACAACACAAAUGCUCUUCAGAGAGAUGCUCCUCACGUGGAACAGGAUUUCUCUUCCCAGAAACUGCAACAUCUGGAACAUGUGAUGGAAAAUUACACUCAGUGGCUGCAAAAACUUGAGAACUACAUUGUGGAAAACAUGAAAUCAGAGAUGGUGCAGCUACAGCAGAAUGCUGUGCAGAAUCACACCGCCACCAUGCUCGAGAUAGGGACCAGCCUCCUCAGUCAGACAGCAGAGCAGACAAGAAAACUCACCGAUGUUGAAACCCAGGUGCUAAAUCAAACAUCCAGGCUUGAAAUUCAGCUACUGGAAAAUUCACUGUCAACGUACAAGCUAGAAAAACAGCUGCUGCAACAGACACACGAAAUCCUGAAAAUUCAUGAGAAAAACAGUUUACUUGAGCACAGAAUUUUAGAAAUGGAAGAACGGCAUAAAGAGGAACUGGACACUUUGAAGGAGGAAAAAGAGAACUUACAGAGCUUGGUCACACGACAAAGUUACAUAAUCCAGGAGCUAGAGAAGCAGUUAAACAAGGCAACAAGCAAUAACAGUGUCCUGCAGAAACAGCAGCUUGAAUUGAUGGAUACAGUUCACACUCUGAUCACCCUCUGUUCUAAGGAAGGAGUUUUACUAAAGAAUGCAAAAAAGGAGGAAGAAAAGCCUUUCCGAGACUGUGCAGAUGUAUACCAGUCUGGUUUUAACAAAAGUGGGGUCUACACUAUUUAUAUUAACAAUGUGUCAGAUCCUAAAAAGGUCUUUUGCAAUAUGGAAAUUGCUGGAGGAGGAUGGACAGUUAUACAGCACCGAGAAGAUGGGAGUCUGGAUUUUCAAAAAAGCUGGAAAGAAUACAAAAUGGGUUUUGGUAGCCCAUCAGGUGAACAUUGGCUGGGAAAUGAAUUUAUCUUUGCAAUAACAAGUCAGAGGCAAUAUUCUCUAAGAAUUGAAUUAAUGGACUGGGAAGGAAACCAGGCAUAUUCACAGUAUGAGAGAUUUCACAUAGGAAAUGAAAAACAGAAUUACAGGCUUUAUUUGAAAGGUCACAGUGGAACAGCUGGAAAACAGAGUAGCUUGAUCUUACAUGGUGCUGAAUUCAGUACAAAAGAUGCUGACAAUGACAACUGCAUGUGUAAAUGCGCUCUCAUGUUGACUGGAGGGUGGUGGUUUGAUGCCUGUGGCCCCUCCAACCUCAAUGGGAUGUUCUACACAGCUGGGCAAAACCAUGGAAAGCUCAAUGGCAUCAAAUGGCAUUACUUCAAAGGCCCCAGCUACUCCUUGCGCUCCACCACCAUGAUGAUUCGACCCUUGGACUUUUAAAGGCAUUCAGUGUUGGAUCCCAGAACACACCAGGGUGACACUGCCUUCAGCAGCACCUCUAGCACAGUCUGAAGGUAAAAGGUGAAGGGCAUUCUUGAAAGCAACAUGUAGGGAUGAUGCAAAGUCUCUUCAUUAUCACAUCAUAAGCUGCAAAACCUCUCCAACAGUCACCCUGCAUUUUGAUAACUAAGAGAAGCUUGGUUUAAGAAGAUGAUGUUCAUCCAAAGAUGAACAACUGGAUCUGGUUAUUCAGUCUGAAUCUGGUGCUUGUCAGUGAGUGUCCUUUCUUUCUUUUUUUUUCAAUAAGAGAUACCAAAAAAACCCCCUAGAUUAUCCAGUAACAGCAUCAGGGUUUGAAGAACUGAAAUAUAUCAACCACAUGCUAUUGAGCAGCAUGUUAUUCAGCAGUGAUAUGCCAACAUUGUAUGCGUGAGAAAGGAUUAUGGAGACAUAAAACUCAUCUAAAGCACCCAAGGUAACCACUCCAAAUACUGUUUUUUUAAAAGAACUGAAUUCAAGUGGUGGAUGGAUUUAUGUUAAACCCAGAGUGAAAUAAUUUGUGUGAAUAUUAUUUUUCAUUAAAUCCUUCAAGGAUAUGUUUCUCAUAAAUAAACUGAGUCAAAUGCAUGAAGAAUGAUAAGGUUAAUAAGCAUAAAUUCUUCAGUUGCUCUGUAAAGGUAAAUCAGAUAAUUGGCAUAAUCCCUGAACUAGGAUUUAUAGUGUGAUAACAAAAGUAGCUGUGUUUUGAGAUUAUUCCCUUCUUUCAUUAAACGAGUCUUGAAUGUCAUGUAGAAAAAUUAAUGGAAGGUUUAAAGAAUGUGAAAUAUUAUCCUAAAGAAAAUAGAGGAUUUUGCAUGGGAUAUUUUAUCAAAAGUACACACGAAAGCAAACUGCUAGGGUAUAUAAAAAUUACAUAAAUACAUAGCUUAAGGCAAUGGAUUCAUUUUACAGUAUCCUUGCAUGUGCGCAAUUUACCAUUAAUUAUUUUACUUUUUAAUAACAUUCUUGUGAAUAUCAGAAGCAUGCCAGUUCUACACAGUGCUUAGGCUACAACUAUAAAAAAUACUCAACAGAAAUGUAUAGAAAAUAAAGAAUUGUGAACCUGUAAAUAGCAUGUUUAUAUUUUCUGUAAUGGUCAUUUAAUUUGUACAGGCAGCCCUGACCCUACUCAAAGGGUGCAAAGCCUCAAAAGGAUAUAAAUAUUAAAAUAACUUUAGAAGAAUGCUUACAGGUUGCUAAUAUGUAAUGUUGUAGUAUUAAAAUACUGCAGAAUUGUGGGGCAGAAUUGUGGGGCAAGAAGCUGAUUGGCCCAUGAGGUUGUAGAUACAGCUUUUAUCAUUCACAGCCCCUGCGAUUUAGACAUACAAAUAAAGUCAAUUUGAGAAAGUAGUUUGCAGUCAUUCUAUUUCUGCUAUAUACAAAAUCAAAAAGUUUACCUUGAUACCAUCAAAAUCAAAAUGUUCUCAUCAGUUAAAUUGGGACCAACAUGACAUGCAAAAUCUGAAUGCAGUGAGGUUUUGGCUUGUCUGUUAGUUGCUUUGUUUCCUUCAUUAAACCGUUCCUGAGACCAGGCACAACAAAGAUCUGAUUCUUUUUUGAAAGAUGUUGAUGAUUACAGAAUAACUGCAUUUUUUUCUUCGUGUUCCUCUUUUUUUUUUUUUCUUUCCUUUAGCAGUUUAUUUCUAUGGAAUACUAAAAACGACUUCGAUUAUUUUAAACACUUCUUAAAGAUCACAAUGCCCCACAGAAUUCUCUGUUUUUGUAACAAUUUGAUGUUUGUUUGGUUUUAAGGGAAGAUAUUUGGGUUUGUGUAUUUGUAUAUAUUUAUAUAUAUAUUUGAAAUAAUCUUGCCUAAGAGUUAAUUUGCUGGUUUCUGCUGAAUAAGUUACCAAACUACUCCUUAGUCAGCAGUUUCUUCACAGAGCUGUUUUGUCUCAGUUUCCAGCAGUUUUUUUUUUUUUAAAUGGUCUUCAUUUAUGUGCAAAAUAUGUGGUCUGUCUUCCUCCAUAUUCUCAAAAGAUAUAUUUUUGCAGGUCUUGAGUUAGGAAUGCCAUUUUUCCAGAUCCUCUUGCAAAAGGCAAAACACGUUUAAAAUCAAAGGCAUGUUAUUUACUGUUUAUUUA